UGACUUUGCUUGUUGUGUCUACACUACGUUGCGCCGCUUUCCGCACCGGGCGUGGGUCCGUUUCAUGCGUGUAGGCACAGACACAAAUGCAGAGAGCGCCACCAACGAGAGCUCUCCGCUGCCCACUGUGAAGUUAAAAUGGGUAUCGAAAAGGAGAAUUACGAGACGAGUAUUAUCAUGGACGAGGACGAGUUCAACAGAUCAAUAGAACCGAUUUUGUCGAAGAAAGACAAAGUUUACGCGGCGAUCCCAGACCGAGAUCCCAAUGACAUAAAUGCGCACUUAAAGGUUGAUUUUGACGAUGUGAUCGCAGAGCCCAGUUCCAGCCACAGCUUCGACAGAGUAUGGAUAGGAAGUCACGCCGUCUUCGAACUGUUCAAAUAUGUAUUCUACCGAAUACUGACCACCAUCCUCGCCGUUCCCAUGGCAUUUAUCAUCGGGAUAGUCUUCGGGGUCCUCAGCUGUAUUCAUAUUUGGGUGUUGAUGCCGGUGGUGCGGAGCUGUCUGAUGGCCCUGCCCUCUGUCCAGGUGGUCUGGAGCAGCCUUACAGACAUUUUUGUCACCCCCCUCUUCCACAGUAUGGGCAGGUGUCUGUCCUCUGUCCACGUCAAGGCCAUGGACAUCUGAUAGAGUAUUUUCUUCCCUGUUAUGGGGGUUAAGAAGUUAAUUAAAGGACAUCUUCACUUUUUUUUUUUUUUUUUACCUAUGUCUAAGUGGAAAAACAAGUAAAUAAUUUGAGGUAACUCUUAAAAAAGUGAAGAUGUCAUUGACCUAUGUUUGCGUUGAAAUAUAGAAGUUCUUUAUAAAGCCAACAUCGACACACCGUGUGGUGGAAUUAUGGUAGAGCAUAUAAGUGCAACUGAUAAGUUACGAGCGCUCAUAAAGGGUGAUUAGGGUCAACUUCCCUUUGACAACGCCACAGCACCACCUGAGUAAUAAGAUGAUCCAACAUGAUAAUUUAUGUCAUUUGGGAAUUUCAAGAUUCUCAUGAUAAGUCAUAAUGUCCACUGUUCAUAGAAGUGGUUGUGUGGCAUUUCUAAGCAGUUUUGAUGUAUUCUGCCAAAAUGACAAUUGCUCAGUUGUGACCAAAAAUAAAUGAUUGUCAUUCCAUUAUUUUGAUGCUAAAAAUAACUGUUUUAAUCAUAAAAGAUCAGAUCAGGGCCAAACAGUAUAUUAGCCAGUUAGGCAUCACACCAUUCCUGGCAUCAGACAUGUAACAUCUGUGUAGUUUCUGCUUUUUAUGUGUUGUGGAUAUACAGCAGAGGAUUCAGAUGGGAUUUGAAUGAAUUCAUUUGUUUUCUGUAAGAGAGUGUACACUGAUCCUAGAUGCUGAGAUGCAGCUUAUACUUCUGCAGCCUUAUUUUGCUGCUGCUGUGUUAAUCUCGCAGUGCUUUGGAUACAUUUUGGCCAUUUGCUUUUACACAAAGACAACCUACCUAGUAAAGACCUAAGACAGUUGUAUAUAUUUUGAACAGAAGCUGGACUUUUACGUGUCUAAUAUAAUAAACAAAAGGGUGGGUUGUCGGAGUGUUGGCUUUCUAACUAAUUAUUCAUGCACAAUUGCCAUGUGUUCUUGACGGUCCAUGUUUCUGUGAGUCGUGAUAAAACUGGACAGAACUUUUAUGUUAAGUAUCUAAGAUGAGUUUUACUACUCUGGUUUAUUCUAUACAGUCAGGUACAUGGUCGUAGGCCUAGGUGCUGCUGAGCUUUCUAUAAGCCGUAGAGCAACUAGCUUGCUUUAUUCUUUGAUGUCAGAACCCAAAUGUGGAGAUAUUCUAGCAGAUAGUGCCACCAGUUCUUCACAACUUACCGUAUAAUACGUCACACAAAACCUUGGCUUCAUCCAAAAUGGCACCCUAUUCCCUAAAAAGUAGUGGGCUGUAUAGGGUAUGGGGUGUCAUUUCAGAGGCACCCUUGUGCUUUGUUUUAAUGGACAACCAAACGCAGCGAUUCUGACAGUAACUUAUAAUCGUUUUGCUAAGCUAGGCAGUUGACAGCCUGCCAUCCAAUAGACCAUGUCUGUACUUGGCUGAGUUAUCUCUUCAGUGCUGAGAGGAAAUUGGAGGUGUGAUUGUGCAAUAGAGCACACAGGUGUGGAAUUAUUAUUUUUUAUGGAGCAAAAAUGGAAAAUGGCAUGAUGUGAUUCUAAAUGAGCUCAACAAACGAGACUUAUUCUUUGAUUUUUUUUAAAGUACCAAAAGUGUUCUUAUUCUGCAUCAAAUAAAGAUAAUUAUUUGUAAAAAA